AUGAUGAAACGAAAGGCGACGGAGCAAUUGCAUCCAGCUAUCAGUGCAGUUGCCGCUCGAAGGGCCCGUCAAGCCAAAGCUGCGAUCGAAAGGACGCCAACAGACACCCGGUCGACAGAAAACUCGUCAUCGCGGGAGAUAGAGACAUUGCCGUCUCCAGUACCCUAUAAUCAGGCUCGGGCUCCUCAAGAACCUGCACCUGUUGCCCGUGAUGCGGCUCCGGUGAAAGUCAGUCCAGGCGCGGGAGCAUUAGAGAACAGGAAUAGAAAUCAGCCUACGCAGCCGGAGACUACUACUAAUGGAGAGGGAAAUGCGCCCGAACCAGCUGCGGAUAAUUUCCUUCUGUCGAAGAGCCAGUUCACCAGAGACAACAUCAUAUACGGCAGAGAAGAUGCUGUCUGUAUACGGUUACCGAUCGGGGAGACAUUGGCGGUUAUUGGCCGUUACGAUAUCUGGGUGAAGCGAGGGGUUGUGAGCGUGAUGGGAGCAAAGCUAUACCCGUGUGAUCGAUUGUACAGGGUCUAUGCUCCUUCUACCCACUCGCUGCCUAUUAUAAAAUCUGUCUCGGGCAUAAAUGGGUUUUCUGAAUUCGAGCUUAUUUCGGUGGAAGACGGUCUGUCCGAGCUCAGUCGGAUAUCGAAUCUGUACCGUCGGAUCUGGAACGGCUCUGCGGAGAUAUCGACUCGAUCCCUUUUUACUCUCAGUAAGGAGAAUGCCUCGUUUUCGCUUUUGGCUUCAUCUGGGGAUGAUCCUUACAAGCGACCUCUUCGGCCACUGCAUCUAGAUAAGAAAUGGAGUUCGAUGAUCAAGCGUCUGUCCCAGCGCGGUAGGGAUCUAUGCGUGCUCACCUGUGGUCCAGGAGGGUCUGGAAAGUCAACAUUUAACAGAUACCUGCUUAACCACCUGUUGAGCCCCCCGCCAGAGGACCUGGACAACAGGGCACAACAUGGCGAAGGCGUUCUAUUCCUUGAUCUAGAUCCCGGGCAACCAGAGUUCUCACCGAUAGGCCACGUCUAUCUCGCGCAUAUCCGGGCUCCAGCACUAGGACCGCCUCUGUCGCACCCAUUAUUAUGUGCAGAGGACGGCUCGAUCAUCCGAGCACAUCAUAUCGGUAGCAGCUCUCCCAAAGAUGACUCGAAGCACUAUGUCCGAUGCACUAUGAACCUUCUACGGUACUACUAUGGAAGUAUAUCUGAAACUUACUCGCAGUGUCCGCUAAUCAUCAACUACCCCGGCUGGAUCUUUGGGCAGGGCCUAGAAAUUCUAACCGGGUUUCUGGAGGCGCUUAGACUGUCAGAUGUAGUGUACAUGAGCGAAACAGGGCCGGAGGAAGUGGCUGGGCCCCUGAAGUCUGUGGCAAGGGGAGUUGGCACACCGUUCUGGACGCUGCCAUCGCAGCCAACUGAGUAUGCGACGAGAUCUAGUGGCCAGCUCCGCCAGAUGCAGAUGCUAUCUUACUUUCACAUGCAAGAGAGUCCGUGUUCGACCAGUGCAUACUGGUCUGCGACGCCUCUGGCACAUACGCGUGCAGUGAAGGUGGCCUACUCGGGCAGCAGCCAAGGCAUUCUUGGUGUGAUGAUAGCUGGCUUCCCUCACGAUAAGGAGCAUAUAUUCGAUCUAUUGGAUGGAGCUAUCGUGGCCGUCGUGGCAAUCGAACGUGCCGAUGCCAUCAAGCCGGUUCACGAUGACGUCGAGCCAGCCGAAGUGCUCUUCCGUGCAGAAGAGGAUAGUAGAUCCGAAGAAGACGCGGCUGAAGACGAAGGUAGUACAGCAGUAGCAGCAGCAACCACAGCAACAUCACCAGCAGCAACGACAACAUUACAGACCUUAGCCGAAAGGCUACAGCCACACCUACACCGCACGAAGGAGAACAUUCCUUAUCUAUUCAGCGGCAAUGGGACAUGCUCGUAUCUGAACCCACGACACUCACGCUCACUCGGUCUAGCCUUGGUCCGGAGCAUCGACACCACCAGCCAGGCCCUGGAGCUUAUCAUGCCUAUUCGAUCUGCGGCUGUACGCGAUGCGUUGGAGCGCGGACAUCAAAUCGUGCUUGUGCGAGGCCAGCUCGAUAACCCUGACUGGGCCUUGAUGGAGGAAUACUUCGCCGCUAAGUGGGCGCACAAACACCUCCCUUCUCGGCUGGACAAGAUGCGGAGGGAGAAAAAGAGCCAAAGAGAGAUGACGAUCUAUCAGGAGCGGGUGAAGGAGAGAGUACGCAGAGCCAUGCAGGUGCCGUGGGUGCAUCCUGAGCAGACGAAGAGCGGUAGCCCAGGGAAGAAGAAGGAAAAGCGAGACGUGUGGAAGUUGAGGAGAGACGAGGCUGCAGACUCGAGCGGGAGCGAGCGGGAGUGGUGA